GUAAGUGUUACAUCAUCUUUCCCUUUUUAUUUAAACUCCAUCUUUCAUCAUCCUUUUUUAAACAUCACCCCUUGUCUUGGUUCUUUUCUUUUCCAGCAUCCAUAUCCUCCUUUACUUCAACAAAAACCCUCAUUUCCUUCUUCAGUCAUUUUCUCCACUGUCUGCAUAGCUUAAUUUAGUUGAGGUGAAUUUAUUUUCUUCCAUUGCCUCUUUGGCUAUACCCUCUCUUUUCCAGUACAGGUGGUCCUGGUGCCGGACCGCACAUGACCUCCGGGUGUCGCUGUACCGCUGUACUGAAAAUAGUCCCCCGCUGUCGGGCCUUAUGGAGAAAAGAAGGCGUAUUAAAGUUGGCCCUGAAUAUAAACCGCCUCCUGCCUGCCUGACAGGUCAACCACUUUCUUGUGACAGCAGCAGCUGUUCAGACCUGACCGGCACGCGCUGCUCAGAGGUCUGCUGGAAGAACAUGUGGACCUCCUGAAGACAUCAAAGUUGUGAGUUUUGAAGCUUCCCGCAUGGUAACGGUUAAGAUGAAUCAGCUUGCGGGAGACCAGAGAGGCCCGCUCAUGUCCCCGCUGCAGCUCUCCGUCUACUGGCGCCUUGCUCUAAUCUUCUUCUUCACGGCUUUCCUCUUUUUUCUGGACAUUUUCACCACCGCCGUGGUCGCCGAGACAUGUCGCCAUGGCAAUGAUACUGGCACGUUUGCUUCGUGGCUUGAAAAGUUGGCACCGAACAAGGAGGAAAACCAAUCAGCGCUCAGCAAGGUUUUAAAGGACGACGCCGAUUGGAGGACAGAGAGCGGGACCCGAGACUCAGUGUGUGGUUGGACAGACUGGUUGUCUUAUGGUCAGAUGCUCUUCAUGACUGGUCUGCUGCUGGGAUCUCUGUUCGGAGGAGCCAUAUCUGACCGGUACGGAAAGCGUCCGGUACUGCUGAUUUCCAUGUGCGUGCACGCCGUGUGUGGCCUCGUUCCUGCUGUCUUUCCUCAGCCACUCCUCUUCCUUAUUCUUCGCUGCCUGACUGGAAUCUGCUGCUGCUGCAUCAACAUCUGUGCCUUCAGUUUAGCAGUGGAGUGGACUCCCCCUGCUUCUCGGCUGUGGCCGCCGGCUUUCCUGCCAUUCUGCUUUAGCCUGGGGACAAUGGGUGGAGCUCCUUUGGCCUGGCUCAACCCUACCUGGACACGUCUGCACCUGUCACUGGCUCUGCCUCAGAUCAUUUGUCUGCCACUCUACCUUUCAAUCCCAGAGUCUCCCCAAUGGCUGUUGUUAAAGAAGAGGACAGAUAUCCUGGACCGUUACCGGAGCAAUAGCCCUGCAGAUAACCAGCGUUUGGACCUGCUGUUGGACUCCGCCUGGUCAGACUUGCAGAAAGCCACCGAAGCUCAGAGGGAAGACCCUGUGACUGGAGGUCAUGCCUCCAGUGACAUAAUCCACUUGAGGCACCCAACUGUCCUGAUGCGAUUGUUUGUCAUGAGCUGUGUGAGUGCGGCAUCAGCUUUGACAUACUACGGAAUUUGUUUGAACAUCGGCUCAUUUGGCGUUGGCGUUUACUCCGCCCAGUUCUUUUCCGGGCUAUCAGAAGCUCCCUGCUUGCUCGUCCCAUUGGUUCGUCUGGGACGCCGGCCAAUGAGCAUGCUCGCUCUGUUCCUCAGUGGAGCUGCCUGCCUGGUGUCGUUACUCCUGUCCAAGUACAAUGGUAUGCCGAUGCUGGUUAUGAGUCUGGCUCUGCUGGGGAAACUCUGCAUCCUGGCUGCCAUCUUUAUCUCCACUCUGUACAGUAUUGAACUGUUCCCCACUGUGGUCAGGCAGCGCUGUUUAUCGCUGGUCAACCUGUCUUUCCGGCUCGGUUGCCUGGUCAACACCCUCGUCCCCGCCAACCCUGACGGAGCAAUCUCCUUGGCUGCUAUGAUUAUCUACAGCAGUGGACCAAUCAUAUGCUGUGGACUCUGCCUGCUGCUGCCGGAAACCAGUGGUGUCCCACUUCCUGACUCUGUGGCGGACUGCAACAGGCAGCUACAGCCCCACCAACCCGCCAUGGGUGCGCUUUGGAGUACAGAGACACUGGUGAGCAGCCAAACCAGCAAAGUGGAAACGUUCCCUGUGGAGAAAGACAGCACGAUUUCAGCACUGCUGAUAUGAACGCAGCCGACAGCUUUCAGUUACUGCUUUGAUAUUAAUUAGACCAAAAACAAACACGAGUUCAUGUUAGAGAAAUUUCAUACUUUGAAAAUACCAGCAAGCAGGAUGAAAUAAUUCCCUCUUAGAGGAUGUUGGAGGAUUUCCAAGACUUGAAAGGAGGUGUGUUUUAUUCUUAUGCUGUUUUUUUUCUGUUUGUUACCACUUUGCGUUUUUAUUACUGUGAAAAUAAAUUGAACCAAAUGCUGAUUUCCUUUCGUGUUCAUUAAUCAGCAGUUUUGGGUUCAUUCAUUGUUUUAUGAGUGUAAAAAGACAUUUUAAGUUAGAGUUUUGAAAUAAGAAUGCUUGAGUCAGUGCUCUGCAUAAUCAUAAUCUCUAUUUAAUGAGAAUUGUUUAGAUUUGGUGUUUACAGAGAUUUCUCUCACUCUUUUAACAAUGUUACAAACUGUAAAUGAUAGCAUCCAGAAAUACUUAAAACUCCUCCAUCUCUUUACUUCAUUCUGUUUUUGUACUCAAUUAAGGGGAAAAAAACUACAUAUCUGAAAAAUGGUCAUAUUUAGUGGUUUCGUUGUUCUCUUUUUGUUAGCUUUACGUAGCGUUUCCAGUCUUUUUGCCACUAUCCCAGUUUUACAUGUUGUAAAUAUCAAACUCAAAAUUAAACAAUAUAUUUGUGGCCAAAGACCACAAAUAUAUGCUUGUAUACACAAUAUACUUCCUUCCACACUACCAAGUGUACAAUACAGGUUUGAGCUUCCACUAAUGGAUUCUGCUGCAUCCCAUUGGCCCAUUGGA